GCGCGGCCCGUGGGCCCGGAUGCAACGGGGGCGGGGGGUCCUGCCCUGGCCCUCUCGGUCCCCGGAACGCCCGCCGUCAGUGUUUCUCCCGUCGGGCCCCUGCCAGAGGGUCCCCCAGUAACUGCUCCUCCAAGGGACCACUCCAGAUCUCUCUCCAUUAACGGCCUCCCCGUAGGACAGCUGCCAAAGCGCCAUCAUUCGUGCGACACCCCCCCCCAAACUGCUGGCAGGGCCCCCCGCUAGUGCUUUCCCAUAGGAUGCCUUCCACAUGGCCCUCCGUCAUUGCUUCCUCCAGGACACUCCCCAGAAUCCCACCUUCUUGCCCCCCUUCACCCAGGGCAGCUGCCCAUGGACCCCCAUUGGUAUCAGCUAUAGGAUUGCCUCCGGAGAGCCUCCGACUAGGGCGUUACUGCGGAAUUGACCCCCAUUAUCGCUGUCCACACGCAAUAGCCCCCCAAAGCUUCUCUCUCCCCACCACUCCCUCCGAUGUUGUAAAAUUAACUUUCAUCCUGGUCAGCACCAAGAAUGCCUUUUUCCCUUCUCAUCCGAAGCCCCCGGUGAUUUCUCUUGAAAAAUAAAAUACCCCUUGCAGUCCCGCCCCCCGCCCCCCCAUAGGAGAGCUCUCCAUAGAGUUCUGCUGUCACAGCCACAGCCUUUCCCCCUUAAGGUGCAAACAUCUACCUGCUUAGCUCUGGCCUCCAAGAAGUACUCUCGCCCCGCCUCCCAUCCCACCUUCAUCCUGGGCAGCUGUCUGCUCUGAGGGCUUCUACAGAGCUGCUCCCCAGGGGGGCGUUGCCUCUCCCAGUGCUCCUCUCCCUGGCGGCACCGCCGGUUGACCGUCCUGCAGCUUCGCACCCAGUUCUCACUCCAUCUUCACCCACUCCUUGGAGAGGGCCCCUAGCUCUGACUAGGGUGACUUCUUUUUUCCUAGGCAUUCAUUCAUUCACUUUUUUUUUUUUUUUUAGCAGUUUUAUUGGGAUAUAUUCACACACCAGAUCAUCUAUUCACGUUGCAUUAAACAAUAUGCACUAUUCUAGAUCGGGGGAUACAGCCCUGAAGGACAGAAAGGCAACACUCUCCUCUCGGGGGUUUUGCAUUCUAGUUGAGGUGACAGCGCAGAAACAAGUACUACCCCAAUAAACUGGAUAAAGAGUGUCCUCUGGGUUCUCUGAGAGCUGAAUGAGGGCAACCUACUGUAGCUACCUCAGAGGAGGGACCUGGGCAACAAAAAGUAAUUUAGCCACAUGGAAAUGUGGGUGAGCUGUUCCUGGCUUUUUCCUGGCAGAGGGGGCAGCUGGUGUUGAGGCCCUGGAGUGACCGUAAUCUUGGGGAGGGGAGGAGAAGCAGGGAUGUGGGUGAGGUUGGAGGGGAGGAAUGGAGGGGAAGAGUAGGAAGGGAGAAGACUUGAUCGCAUGAGGCCUUCUAGGCUUGCAGGAAGUAACCAGGCCUUUGUCAGCCCUGCCGAGCCCGGAAUGUUCUUCAUCCAGGCAUGUCGUCACCUGCAGGUGUUUUGUGAGCACCUGUUAUGAGCUGGGGAUGCAGCAGAGAACAUAGUAGGCAAAAAUCCCUGUACUCAUGAAGUUGAUGUGCCAGUUGAGGAGGUAGACAAUUACAAAAUAGAAUAUCUGUGUGUGAAGUAAAAUAAAGUGGGAUAAGGGAAGAGAGUUGUCAGGGCUGUGGUGCCAGAGAGGGUGCAGGAAGGCCUCUCUCAAGAGAUAAAAUUUCCAAUCCCUAUCUCUUGUCAUGUUGUCCCCCAAAAAGCCACACGUACACACACCUGGGUAUAAACUCCCCUCCUCCCAGACAGCGCUACUUUCUGUCCCACCAGAGGCUGCUCUUAAAACAGGACAGCUCCCCCGCCAAGAGUGAAGCUAAGAAGAUGAACCCUGGAGUGAGCAAACCACGCCUUCUUGUCCUAGCCUCAUUCACUCACUUAGUCAACCAGUAUUUAUUGAGCAUCUGCAUGUGCCAGACACUGCUGUAGAUCCUGGGAGCACAGCAGUGAACAAAACAGAUUAAAAUCCCUGUCCUUGUGGAUCCGGCUUUCUGUGCAGGGGCAGCAACCAUCAAGACCAACUAGCAGGAUUUACUACUCAUGAAAUGAGGAUGAGGAGUGCUGAGGACAGAAAGGAAACAGGACUAGAAUUUCAUCAUUGUUGCAGUGGAAUGGUCCGAAGUUUCUGACCUCAGAGGACCUGGAAUCAAAAGCCUGACUGUGUGACCUUGGGAAAAUGACUUCCCCAUCUGCUCCUCAGUUUUCCCACUUAUAAAUUGGGCUAAUAAUGGUUAUGGGAGGAGCACUUAUCCAACGCUUAACAAUAAACUCAAGCUGUUCUCACUGGUUCUGUGGUUGCUGCAGCACUCCCGGCCCUCCCUCCCAGGACAUGUCUCCCCUUACAAAGACACCGAUUUAAGUCUUUGGUCCCCUCACAGGACAAUUUGUCUCCUUUCCCUGUGGAAAUAACCACAAGCCUUAUCACAUCUGUCCUCCAUUACUGCCCCUGCCUGUCUUGGUGGGAGCCCUUCAGCAUCUGCCCACCCUGCCCUCCACAUGACAUCACUGCUCCCGGGAUUCUUUCUUCCAGGGAACCCCCACCCCCUGAUAUCGGCUCCUCCUCUGCUCACUGUCCCUCUCCCGUGGGGAGUUUUGGUCAGCUCAGUCUCCUUGCUUCACCUAAUCAGCAAAUAUUGAUUGAUGUGGGCAUUUAUGGCUAUAAAUUUCCCUCUAAGCACUGCUUUAGCUGGAGCUCAUAAGUUCUGUUGGACCUGUUUUUGUUUUCAUUCAUCCUGAAGCAUUUCCUAUUUUCCCAUGCGAUCUCUUCUUUGACCCACUGGUGACUUCAGAGUGUGUGGUUUAAUUGCCACAUAUCAGCAAAUACUCAUUGUGCCAGGCCUGGGCUCGGUGAUUGGGCCACAGCAGUGAACCCAGUCCUCACUCUCUCAGGGCACAGACAGCAAAGGAAUAGAUGUGGUGGUGAUUAAGUGUGAUGAAAGCAAGGCAGCGGGGUGAGGGGCUGGGUCUCCCCUCUUCCAGAGGUGGCAGCUGAGCAGAGACCUGUAGGAGAUAGAGAAGUAUGAGAGAGAACGUUCUGGACAGAAGCAGCAAUCUCAGCUCCUUCACUCCUGGUCUAUUCACCUCCCUCAACCCUGGCCCGAUGUAAAACCCCCUUCCUGAAGGGAAGCCAGGGCAGGGAUUCUUUCCCCCCACCCCCAAACACCCUAACUCCCUCCCUCCCCUGCUCCUUCCAGGCUGAUACCAGGUGCUUUCUUCCCUGUCCACUGAAGCCACUCCAGAGCCAUCCCCCCGUUUAGGCCCAGCUUACAGGCUUCUGGUUACCAGGCUAGCCAAACCUUUGCUCCUUCCGGGGGUCGUAAAUGGAGGGGGUGUGGGAUGUGGCACCUAGUCUGAGGACAAGGCCACCCAGGGCUGGAGACUAAAAAUACCUCAUCUGGGGUGGGAUGGAGGAGACACUCCCCUGUAACCUGUGGGCUGGCACAGAGCCAGGCACCCAGCAGGGAGGACCAUGGACAAGGAGCACCGUCAGACCUCAUGGCCUUCCUCCCACUGGCUCUCCACUGAGGCAGUGAGGACAUUUCCGGGGCCCCUGGGUGGGCCUGAGGACUGGAGAUCUGUUGCAGGAGCUGAGGUUCAGGUGUGUAGGGAGAGCACCGAGACUGGCCAGCAGAGGGGAGGGGUCAGGAAACCUCCCCUGGGGUGGGGGCAAGAACCUGCCCUACGGAGGCAGCUGUGCUAGGGGCUCACGUCAGGUGUGUGCUGGGUGGGAGGGUAAAACAGCUGUGGGGAUUGAGUGUGCCACGCGGAUUACUGCAUUUCAUUACAUCCUAAUUCAGUCUGUGCAAUCCCCCACAGCAUAGGGCUUCUCACCUGUUGUAAAAGUGGAGAAUGUGACUUCCCAGGGAAAAAGGAGCUGGGAUUUAAACCCAGGUCUUCCCAUCCCAGGGCCCAUGUACCUAGCUGCUUGGGAUUAAGUGCUAGCCCACUUGCUGCAAUGCAUUUCUCCCAGGCAGGCAGGUUCUCCUUCCACUGUGCAUUAAAAGAAUGGCCUCUGCCCCCACUGUGACUUUUCCACCUCUCUUGGCUUAUCCUGAUGUCCCUACCUCUGCUUCUAGGAGUGACCGUGACAUUUAUAGGGAGCUUAGCUACACAGAGCCUUGCAUUUGCUGAAUCCUUAUAACACCCUUUGAGGGAGUAUGUGCUUUAGCACCCCAAUUUGUGGGUGCAGAACAGAGAGGUUUGGUAACAUGUCUGUGGUCACACAGCUAGAACACUGUAUUCUGGCUCCAGAGUCCACCCUCUUACCCACUGCAAUGGAAAUUGUCAUCACCCUCAUUGCACAGGGCCAAAACCCGGGGGAGCUGAGGACAGCGCUGUUGGGGGACAGAGAGCAGAGGCCCGGGACGCAGCCUGGUGGCAGAGGAGGACAGAGUGCAGGGGGGUUGACUGGGGGGCCUGGGGGUGGAGAGGGAAGGUGUGUAAGGCCCCCCGGGGAGAGGGAGAGAGGUGGAAGGAAGCAGCGAGACAGGAGGGAGAUGGGGGCACACGGGUAGGUGAAGGGCAGGGUGGGAGAGCAGCGGGCCCCUGGAGCUAAGAGGGAGAGGAGCGCUGCUCUUGGGGGUGAAAAGAGCGGGAUUUGAUGAGGAAGGGUGGAAGGGGAGGUGUGGGGCUCCAGCGAGUCGCCGUGAGUCCCUGCCCUCCUCCCGCAGGCCCCCUGCCGGCCGGGGAGACCCCACGCCCGGGCCCUCUUCCUCAGACCCAUCGUCUCCUUCACAGGGUCCCCCCUCUUCCCACCGGUCGAGAUGGAGGCAAACCCAGCGGGCGGCGGCGCCGGGGGCGGCGGGAGUAGCGCCAUAGGGGGCGAGGACGGGGUCCACUUCCAGAGCUACCCCUUCGACUUCCUGGAAUUCCUCAACCACCAGCGCUUCGAGCCCAUGGAACUGUACGGGGAGCACGCCAAGGCGGUGGCGGCGCUGCCCUGCGCGCCCGGCCCCCCGCCGCAGCCGCCGCCCCCGCCACCGGCACCCCAGUAUGACUACCCGCCCCAGUCCACCUUCAAGCCCAAGGCGGAGGUUCCGUCCUCCUCGUCGUCGUCGUCCUCCUCGUCGUCGUCGUCCUCAUCCUCCUCCUCCUCCCAAGCCAAGAAGCCCGAUCCGCCCCUGCCCCCCGCCUUUGGGGCUCCCCCUCCGCCCCUCUUCGACGCCGCCUUCCCUGCCCCGCAGUGGGGUAUUGUGGACCUCUCGGGCCAUCAGCACCUCUUCGGGAACCUGAAGCGAGGAGGCCCGGCAGCCGGGCCGGGGGUGGCCCCGGGGCUGGGCGCGCCCGCGGGGACUCCGGGGCCGCUCCCCGCCCCGGCGCAGACCCCACCUGGGCCGGCCUCAGGGGUGGCCUGCGACCCCGCCAAGGACGACAAGGGCUACUUCCGAAGGCUCAAGUACCUGAUGGAGCGGCGCUUCCCCUGCGGCGUGUGCCAGAAGUCCUUCAAGCAGUCCUCGCACCUGGUGCAGCACAUGCUCGUGCACUCGGGCGAGCGGCCCUACGAGUGCGGCGUCUGCGGCCGCACCUACAACCACGUCUCCAGCCUCAUCCGCCACCGCCGCUGCCACAAGGACGCCCCUCCGCCCGCAGGCCCGCCCGCGCCGCCGCCCCUGGGCCUCCCCGCGCCCCCCGCCGCCGCCGCCGCCGCCCCGGGGCCCCCGGCUGCGCCUGCCGUGCCCGCCACCGACUCCGAGGGCAGCUCGGCCCCUGGAGCCCCCGGCGCCCCCGCCGGCCUGGGCGCGCCCCCGGCCCCGACGGGCGGCGGCGAGGGCCCGUUCGCCUGCCCGCUGUGCUGGAAGGUCUUCAAGAAGCCCAGCCACCUCCACCAGCACCAGAUCAUCCACACCGGCGAGAAGCCCUUCUCCUGCUCGGCCUGCGGCAAGAGCUUCAACCGCCGCGAGAGCCUCAAGCGCCACGUGAAGACGCACUCGGCCGCGCUGCUGCGCCUGCCCUGCGGCGUGUGCGGCAAGGCCUUCCGGGACGCCGCCUACCUCCUCAAGCACCAGGCGGCGCACGCCGGCGCCGGCGGCCCGCGGCCCGCCUACCCCUGCGAGCUGUGCGGCAAGUCCUACUCGGCGCCGCAGAGCCUGCUGCGGCACAAGGCCGCACACGUCCCGCCCGCCGCGGCCGCCGCCCCCGCGGCCAAGGACGCCGCGGCCCCCGGCCCGCAGCCGCCGCCCGCCUUCCCCGCCGGCCCCUACCUCCUGCCGUCCGACCCUCCCGUCACCGACAGCGAGAAGGCGGCGGCGGCCGCGGCGGCCGUGGUGUACGGCGCGGUGCCCAUGCCGCUGCUGGGCGCCCACCCGCUGCUGCUCGGCGGGGCCGGGGCCGGCGGGGCUGGGGGCUCCGCGGCCAGCGCGCCGGGCAAGACCUUCUGCUGCGGGAUCUGUGGGCGCGGCUUCGGGCGCCGCGAAACCCUGAAGCGCCAUGAGCGCAUCCACACGGGCGAGAAGCCGCACCAGUGCCCCGUGUGCGGGAAGCGCUUCCGCGAGUCCUUCCACCUGAGCAAGCACCACGUCGUGCACACGCGCGAGCGGCCCUACAAGUGCGAACUCUGCGGCAAGGUGUUCGGCUACCCGCAGAGCCUCACCCGCCACCGCCAGGUGCACCGGCUGCAGCUGCCCUGCGCCCUGGCCGGGGCCGCCGGCCUCCCGGGCGUCCCGGGCCCGGCGGGCUCGUGCGGCCCGGGGGCCUCGGCCACGGCGGGGUCGGCGGAGGCACUGAGUUAUGCCUGCUCGGACUGCGGCGAGCACUUCCCGGAUCUCUUCCACGUCAUGAGCCACAAGGAGGCCCACAUGGCCGAGAAGCCGUACGGCUGCGACGCCUGCGGCAAGACCUUUGGCUUCAUCGAGAACCUCAUGUGGCACAAGCUGGUCCACCAGGCCGCCCCCGAGCGCCUUCUCCCGCCCGCGCCUGGUGCUACGCAGACCCCGGACGGCUCCGGCGGGGCCGAUGCGGGCACGGGGCUGGACCAUGGGCUGGCCGGCGAGGUGGGGGCGGCCGUGGCGGCGCUGGCGGGGGUGUCGGGGGGAGACGACGCGGGGGGCUCAGCGGCGGCGGCGGCCGGGGGCGGCGGGAGCGCGGGUUCGGGCCCCGAGCGCUUCAGCUGCGCCACGUGCGGCCAGAGCUUCAAGCACUUCCUGGGCUUGGUGACCCACAAGUACGUGCACCUGGUCCGCCGGACCCUGGGCUGCGGCCUCUGUGGCCAGAGCUUCGCCGGCGCCUACGACCUGCUCCUGCACCGCCGCAGUCACCGGCAGAAGCGGGGCUUCCGCUGCCCCGUGUGCGGCAAGCGCUUUUGGGAGGCGGCCCUGCUGAUGCGGCACCAGCGCUGCCACACGGAGCAGCGGCCCUACCGCUGCGGCGUGUGCGGCCGCGGCUUCCUGCGCUCCUGGUACCUGCGGCAGCACCGCGUGGUGCACACGGGCGAGCGCGCCUUCAAGUGCGGCGUGUGCGCCAAGCGCUUCGCGCAGUCGUCCAGCCUGGCCGAGCACCGGCGGCUGCACGCCGUAGCCCGGCCCCAGCGCUGCGGCGCCUGCGGCAAGACCUUCCGCUACCGCUCCAACCUGCUGGAGCACCAGCGGCUGCACCUGGGCGAGCGGGCCUACCGCUGCGAGCACUGCGGCAAGGGCUUCUUCUACCUGAGCUCGGUGCUGCGGCACCAGCGCGCCCACGAGCCGCCGCGGCCCGAGCUCCGCUGCCCCGCCUGCCUCAAGGCCUUCAAGGAUCCCGGCUACUUCCGCAAGCACCUGGCCGCGCACCAGGGCGGCCGGCCCUUCCGCUGCUCCUCCUGCGGCGAGGGCUUCGCCAACACUUACGGCCUCAAGAAACACCGCCUGGCACACAAGGCCGAGGGCCUCGGGGCGCCUGGAGCAGCGGCAGGCACCAUGGCAGGGAAGGAUGCCUGAUGGGGAGAGGGUGCCCACCCACCCUCGGAUCAGAUGUCCCCCUUGAACUCCCUCCCCCUCCUUGCCGCCGUUACCCCGUUCUUCAGAACUGCAGGCGGACUCACCUCCGAGGCCCGUGUUCUUCAAACUUGAGACUGACUCGCUGCAG